UCUAGGAGCCGCGGCGUAAGUCAGGAAAGGAGAGAAUGACCGAGGUGCUGUGGCCGGCUGUCCCCAAUGGGACGGACGCUACCUUCCCAGCCGGCCCGGGUUUGCCCUGGGGGAACGGCACCGCAGCCUCCACCGCGGCUGUCGCAGCAGCCUCGUUCGCAUGCUCCCUGACCAAGACGGGCUUCCAGUUCUACUACCUGCCGGCUGUCUACAUCUUGGUGUUCAUUAUUGGCUUCCUGGGCAACAGCGUGGCGAUCUGGAUGUUUGUCUUCCACAUGAAGCCGUGGAGCGGCAUCUCCGUGUACAUGUUCAACUUGGCCCUGGCCGACUUUUUGUACGUGCUGACUCUGCCCGCGCUCAUCUUCUACUACUUCAAUAAGACGGACUGGAUCUUUGGGGAUGCCAUGUGCAAGCUGCAGAGGUUUAUCUUCCAUGUGAACCUCUACGGCAGCAUCUUGUUCCUAACCUGCAUCAGCGCGCACCGCUACAGCGGAGUGGUGUACCCGCUCAAGUCUCUGGGCAGGCUCAAGAAGAAGAAUGCGGUCUACAUCAGCGUGCUGGUGUGGCUCAUCGUGGUGGUGGGAAUCUCCCCCAUCCUCUUCUACUCAGGCACCCAGGUCCGGAAAAACAAAACCAUCACCUGCUACGACACCACCUCCGACGAGUACCUGCGAAGUUAUUUCAUCUACAGCAUGUGCACCACUGUGGCCAUGUUCUGUGUCCCCUUGGUCCUGAUUCUGGGCUGUUAUGGAUUAAUUGUGAGGGCUUUGAUCUACAACGACCUGGACAACUCGCCUCUGAGGAGGAAAUCCAUUUACCUGGUGAUUAUCGUACUGACUGUCUUUGCUGUCUCUUACAUCCCUUUCCAUGUAAUGAAAACAAUGAAUUUGAGGGCACGGCUGGAUUUUCAGACCCCAGAAAUGUGUGCAUUCAAUGACCAGGUUUAUGCCACUUAUCAGGUGACAAGAGGUCUAGCAAGUCUCAACAGCUGUGUGGACCCCAUUCUCUAUUUCUUGGCAGGAGAUACUUUCAGGAGGAGACUCUCCAGAGCCACUAGGAAAGCUUCCAGAAGAAGUGAGGCAAAUUUGCAAUCCAAGAGCGAAGACAUGACCCUCAAUAUUUUGUCGGAGUUCAAGCAGAAUGGAGAUACAAGCUUGUGAAGAGGCAAGAAUCACCGAACACCCACUUUUGUAACAUGGUCUCAGGAUGCCAGCCUGGUUUACAGUACAUGUUACAUACAUUGUGUUUGAGCUCCCAGAGGACUUUCUUUGGGGCUGAGGAUCCAGUGAGAUGGACAGUGCCAAGAAAUGCCCUUUUACUUCUUGGCAUUUUUUUUUCCAGUGUUUCUUCUUCAUUCGUCAUAUAGUGGACAAUAACAAUGUGUGAAUACAUGCCAAAUAAUAACAAGAAUGAUCUUGCCCAACCCCUUCUAGGCACAAAGAGGUCUCCAGGAAGAGUCUGUGAUAAUGAUAAAAACAUACAGAGAGUCAGAAUGAAGCAGUGAUCUAUUGGCUGGAAAUCUGAUGACAUGUGAUGA